AAUCAAGGAAUUUACGCCGACAUUACUCUCCAGUUGAUAUAAAUUCCACAAACUUUAAAGGAAACAUAGAGUUACAGAAAAGGCGGCAAGAAGAGAAGGCCUCUGUGGGUACGCAAUGUCACCUGCUGAUGGUGAUGUCUCAGAAAGCCUCUCUGAUAUUGACGAUGCAGAGGUUGUUGGGUACCUUAACAGCAAGCAGGCGGCACUGUUUAAAAGAAUGAUCUGGGAAGCAAUGAACAAGGACUAUGAUAAGGGAAAAAGUAGAAAACGAGCCAGAAUGGCCAAGAAAGCUGCUCCUGCUAAAAAGUCAGAAAAGGCUGUCAAAGUUUCUACUGUGAUGGAUACUAAGAAUAGGCUGAGUUCAAAAAUCAACUAUGAUGCUUUGGAUAAAUUAAAUGAAGAGCUUGGUUAUGCACCUGCAUUCGAAGAAGGCACAAAGUCUAAUUGUGGCAGUCAAGGUGAUAUGCAACUGUCAAAUGAGAAGAACAGUUUGAAGGCUGUCAUGAUGAUGAUUUUGAGCAUGAAAGUAAUGGAUUCAGUGAAGAAGCUGAAGCCAGACAAGGCCAUGAUGAUGAUACGUAUGUUGCAAAUGACCAAUAUAAUGGAUGCAACUAUGAUGACGAAUACAAUUACGAUGAGGAAUUCUGAGGAGAGAUGCAAUUGA